AUGUUGUUGUUUUUGUCGCAGGAGCCGGAGGCGAGGCCGGGGCCGCCGCUGCCGCCGCCUGUGGUCGCCGCAGCAGCAGCGGGGCUCGGGCCGGCGCCGGGCAUGUCGGUGUGCAGGGAGACGGUGGGCGCCGGCUCCCUGCCCAGCGAGCUAGUGGUCCACAUCUUCUCCUUCCUGGCGGGCCCCGACCGGCUGCGGGCCUCGGCCGCCUGCUCGCACUGGCGGGAAUGCCUGUUCUACCCGGCCCUCUGGCCGCGCCUCCGCCUCAGCCUCCGCGUCUCGCCGGCCGAGCGCCCGCGCCUCGAGUUCCUCAUGCGCAAGUGUGGCUGGUUCGUCCGUGAGCUCCGCGUACAGUUCGCCGCCGACAACUACCCCAGCGGCGGCGGCGGAGGGGGGGCGGCGGCGGCCGUGGCGGGCGAGGGCGUCGCGGCGGCGGGCGACGGGGAGACGCCGCCCCUGUGCCCGCGCUGGCUCGACUUACUGAGGACCUACCUGGAGCUGGUGCUGUGCGUCCUGAGCAGCGUCCGUAACAACAGGAACCUCCAGAAGUUAAGUCUCUUUGGGGAUAUAAGCAUUCUGCAGCAACAUGGAAGUAUAUCAAAUACAUACCUCGGCAAGGUUGACCCUGAUGGCAAGAAGAUUAAGCAAAUCCAGCAGCUGUUUGAAGAGAUACUAGGCAAUAGCAGGCAAUUGAAAUGGCUGUCUUGUGGGUUUAUGCUGCAAAUAGUAACUCCCACAUCAUUGUCCUCCUUAUCAAACCCCAUAGCCAACACCAUGGAACAUCUGAGCCUCUUGGACAACCACAUCCCUGGUAAUACCACUCUCAUCACUGCGGUUGAGUUGGAGCGCUUUGUAAAUCUGCGUUCUCUUGCUUUGGAUUUCUGUGAUUUUACAGCUGAGAUGGCAAGAGUCCUGUCUGACAGCAACCAUGUGCCUUUGCAUCGACUGUCUCUCCUGGUCCAUAGUGUUUCCAUAAUGCACAAGUCACUGGACAGUAUGCCAGAAGAUGAGAACUGGAAGGCACUGACUCGCAACAGCGCUAAUCUUCGGGUCUAUAUAAUGGCCUUUGAUGUCAAGAGUGAUGAUAUGUUAAGGAUUCUUAAGCCCAGUAUCCCCCUAGAGAGGAUUCACUUUGACAGCUACAUCACUUGCGUUUCAGGGGCUGUUGUUGACCUCAUAUCCAGGCAGUAUGACAAGUUCCUCACUCAUUUUAUUCUGAUGAAUGAUGUGAUAGAUAUGUCUGGUUUCCCAGAUCUUAGUGACAACCGGAAUGAAGAUCCACUUGUCUUGUUAGCCUGGAGGUGCACCAGACUGUCUCUUCUAGCUGUUCAUGGUUACACAGUUUGGGCUCAUAAUCUUAUAGCAAUUGCUCGUCUUCGUGGCUCUGACUUGAAAGUUCUGGAAGUCACAGAGGAAAGCAUCGAUUUUGACCAAGGAGAACUGGCUGAUCAGGAUGUGGAUCCAGUACACAAUCUCAUUGAGCAAGUAUCUCUCGGUUUGGGUCGACCUUGGCAUGCAGUCAUGGACAUAGAGCUGCUCAGUGUCUUCACUGAGCCAACCCGUCACUUCUACAGAGAGAUGCAGAGCUUCAGCGAGGGCAUUUAGCUCCUUAUUUACAAUUCCUGUGGUUACAUAUGCAAGUAGGGUCCUAUUAUGUUUUUUCAGUAGCGUGAAUUAACCCCUUUUGUGCUGUGUUUAAUCAGUAUUAGCUAUAUAGAAUUAUAUAUGUGUAUUCUACUUCUUGAUCAAAGAACGUAGUCGGGUAUUGGUUUAGAAGCUGAAAGUGGCAGUGUUUAGGGUUUUCACGGUUAAUGGACUUGUCUACCAAACCUUGGAGAGAUGCAGCCAGAGGCUGGCUGAGGUUGCCAGCUAACUUUACUUUUUUUGAGUAACUGCAUUUUGAAUUAUUUUCUUACUGUAUUGGAGUUCUAUGCUCAGGAGCCGACUCUUUAAUACCCAUAUCCAUAGCCCAGUGGAUUUCUGUGCUCUCGUUGUGUGC